UUCACCAAACAAUAACAAAACACACGUUUUUAACAAUAAAAAAUAUUUUUAUACAAGUUUAUAAAGAAAAUGUCGUUUUUCGUAAGAGAAAAAACGAUAUCGAGAAAAACGAAAAAGUUUUCAAGUAUAAAAAAGCCUGUAGAAAAUAAACAAGAUCAAGACGAAGAACUUGAUAGUGAAAACGAGGAGAUCAACGGUGAUCACAAGUCACAUCCUGAAAUAUCAGAUGAAGAAGAUACAGAAACACCAGAUGCGAAACGUCUGCGUCUUGCAAAAAAGUAUCUUGAUGAAAUCAAGAAAUCUGAUGACGAAGACGAACAUGUCAGUAAAAAGCUGAAGUUGGACUAUCUCGAUAGCAUAGGAAAGUUGAAGAAACAGCUUGCUGAAAAUAUUUUAGGAAUAGAUGAAGAAAAUCUAGUGACACUGAAGCAUAAACUACAAAAUCAACCAAUUACAUGUCUGUGUCUUUCUUCGGAUAAUAACAUUUUGUUUAGUGGAAGCAAAACUGGAAAAAUCCUCAAAUGGAACAUCAAAGACAAAAAACAAAUUGGAUGCAUUAGUUUAGAUUCAUCAGUUAUAUGUAUAGCUCUUAGUUCUGAUAAUGAAUUCCUCGCUGUGAGUGAUAAAAGUAACAAAAUUUUCAUUUACAAUCCAUCAACGCUCAAGAAAAUUCACACAUUUGAUGGUCAUCGCGGAAUUGUUACUGGUUUAGUCUUCCGUAAAGAUUCACAUCAAAUGUUCUCAUGUAGUGAUGAUCGUUCAGUGAAAGUAUGGUCAUUAGAUGAAAUGGUUUAUGUUGAGACGUUAUUUGGUCAUCAAAAUCAAAUAACAUCUGUCGAUGCUUUAAGUAAGGAACGUGCUUUAACAUCAGGUGGUGCUGAUGGAACAAUACGCUUGUGGAAGAUCGUUGACGAAUCACAAUUGGUUUAUAAUGGACAUUCUGGAAGCAUCGAUUGUGUGAAAUUCAUUACUGAAGAAUUCUUUCUCUCCAGUGGCGAUGACGGAUCAUUAUGUCUUUGGAAUGUUGGAAAAAAGAAACCAAUUGCGGAACAAAAACUUGCACAUGGCACAUCAUCAACAGGCAUCGCCAAUUGGAUUAGCGCCAUUGGAACUUUAGUUAACACAGAUUUAAUUGCUUCGGGGUCAUGCGAUGGUUUCAUUCGUGUGUGGAAACUUGAAAAGAAUUUUCGUGAGAUAAAACUCAAAUUUGAAAUUCCUGUGAGGGGAUUCGUGAAUUCUCUCACAUUUACAAGUGAUGGAAGUAAACUCAUUGCUGGAAUCGGUCAAGAACAUCGAUUGGGUCGAUGGUGGAAGCUUAAAGAUGGCAAAAAUGUCAUUCUCGUAAUUCCACUUAAAUCAAAAGAAUAAAUUUAAUUAAAUUCUUUUUUUAUAUAUUACAUUUUCAAUGAAAUAAUACUUUAAAAGAAAACAUUAAAAAACUUUUCUUUGUUCACAAUGAGAAUUAAA